AUGCUAGAGACUCAAUAAUCACUAAACGAAAAUAUAAAUGUUCCGUUGCUGAGAAAGAUUUCAAUUAGGUAUACGAAUGCCUAUUUGAAAUGGACAUUUAUGGCCUGCUUUUUCUUUGGAACUAGUAAUUUCUUGACUGGCCAUUUGAGUGCGAAACUUGGAGUUGAGGGUGGUUAUCCUUUCUUCAUUGGCAAUCUCUUUAGUUGGAUGAUGUAUCAUUUAUAUAUUGGGAUUGAAAACUACAAAACGUUUGAUAGCUUCUGGAAUAAAGAGACCUCAACUUAUUACGAUGUGCAUACAGAUAAAUUUAGAUUUAGCUAUCUCUUAGGCCCAAUCCUUAGAGGUAUCGUAUAAGUGGCGGUAUUCUUCUCAGUUUUUAUUACAAUGGAAUUCGCAUUCAAGGCUGGAGUCAAUUAGGGCAUUAUCGCAUCUCUUUUCAGUACUUCAAUCAUUAUGUCUGCUGUGAUAUUUUAUUUCCUGUAUGAGGAAAAGCUCUCAUAAAGACAUUUGUUCGGCUUAGCACUAAUGAUAACUGCUGUAGUCUUGAUAAGCAUUGGAAAACCGGCAUCGUAGAAAUCUACUACUCUCACUCCCUCAGAACAACUAGCACUUGAAGAGACUUAAGCCUAUUAUCUCACUCUAUCAAUCAUUUUUGCUAUAGUAUGUGGAAUAAUACUUACUAUUAACGGAUUAGUGAUGAGACAUUAUGUUAAGUACAUGCAUAUAUCAGCACUGCAACUUAAUAAUGAUGGUGGGCUAAUUCAAAUGACUGUGCUUAUGGUAUUAUUCAUUCUAAGAGUGAAAGAAAAAGGAAUGUACGAAAUGGGAGAUUUAUUUGAGUCUAUAGGAGCAUCGCUGUUAAGUAUGUGCGCAAACGUAACGCUUAGUCAAGCUUUUGCUGUGGGCUUAGGAGGACCUGUUUAAGGAAUAAACAAUUUAAUGUCAUUAGUCCAAACUAUUCUAGCAGCAAUAUUCCUUAGUCAGAUUCCAACUCUGCUUCAGAAUUUUGGAUUAGCUUUUGGACUUGUUGGCGCUCUUGUGAUGUGCGGAGUAGAUAAGAUAUUCUGGUUCAGAGAUUGA